AUGACCGAGUCCAAGUCGCCUUCCAAUGCCAAGGUAAACGACUUCUUGUCGCUGUUGUCGCUGAUGUCCCAACAGAGGUUUCUGGAGGAUGACCAAAGACAACGAGAGCUUCAGAGAAACAUUGAUGAAUUGAGGCUGAGACUGAAUAGUUCUUCACCGGUCAGACGACAACCUCAACGGCCUUCUACUACUACACCUGGGGCGUUGGAUAAACUUUAUGAGCUCCGUCAACCUAGCUCGAUGAAAUUCAGUAGAAUAGAAGGAAAUCCAAACGAUGGGUUGGUUGAUUCUCCUCCAGCUAUGCCUAAACGGCCAACAGUGCAAGAUCUGCCACCUCCAGCCAUGCCUAAACGUCCCACAACUGCAAUUGAAGAUGAAGGCGAAGUGCCACCCAUUAUGCCAAAGCGUCCAAAUGAAGGUAAACCACCCCCUAUGCCAGCCAGGAAGUACAAUGCUUCAGUUAUUCCUCUCAAAGUACCACCAAAGCAAAUCGAUUUUGGGAUUAAUUUAGUGAAACCAGUGGUCAGGGAUAGUAGUUCCAUCAAGCCAAGUGGGUCGUAUGAAAACCAGAAGCCUAGCACUUUUAAUCUGACUUUGAAGACCAAUACUAGUACGACCAAGAAGUCAUAUACUUCUUUCACUGACAUGGAAAACAAUAUUCUUAAUCCUAAACCUCAUACCCCUCCUAAACCAGCACAUAUCAGUCAACCAAAGGAACAAAAAGAUUGGUUUUCUUCAGCAUUGAAAAAUACCCGUACCAAUACCACAGGUCAAGCUCAGACAAUUAUUAAACCUCUGCAUUUAGAUGCCAUGGCUGCGACACAUGUUCAACCUCUACAGACUGUUCACAAGAUUCAAACUCUGCCAAAACAAAAAUACAUCCCAAAAGAUACAUCGGAGAUCAAAAUCGUCAACCUGUCUCCUACCAGAGGUAAUAUGUCGUGGCUCGAUAGUGCUGUGAAUAAAUCCCCAGAACAGCCAAAAAGGACAUUUGUUAUAAAUAAAAAGCCUCCCCCACCACGAACUAAAACAGGAAUUGACACAAAUGAUGGAACCAGUCCUACUAUUAAAGAUAAGCUUAUGAAUACGAGUACUGGAAAUAUCUCUAAAUCUUCACCUAUUUCUAAAGUUGCACCUCCAAAACCGGAAAAAUUGAAGUCUGAGAAGACAGAAGCCAUGAAACAAUUGGAAAGAUUAAGGAAAUCUCCUGUCAAACAAGUGGAGAAAAGACAAGUUAUAUCUGGAAGUACCCCAACUGACAGAGAAGAGUUUUUAAAACAAUUAGAAAACAUUAAGUUGAAUUCCAAGACCAACAAUUCACUGACCACUUUCCAGAAACCACUGGCUGCCCUUUAUCAAGAGCGGGACACUGCCAUUUUACGAGAUACUUUGAAACACCAACGACCAGUUGGAGGUACUGGUUCCAGUCUUGGUCUUACACUGUCCGGAGCUCCAAAGAAGCCCAUUAAACCAUCGGCAUUGUACGAACAAAAGGAUACGGAGUUAUUAAGAAGCCAGAUGAAUAAAUUAGGUAGUAGGAAGUUUCAAACAACCGACCAGCGUAAUGAACCCAAACCUGAAGGGUUGCAAGCAUUAACUAAAUUAAAGUCCGUGAAGAACCCUCCAAAAUCACCACCUGCUAAACCUGAGGCGUUGAAAUCUUAUGAACUGGUUCUCUCAAAAAGACAAGAAAAGCCAUCAUCAAAGAGUGUGGUGGAUGAAGAAGGCUCAGAUAGUGACUCUCAAUCUAUGAGCAGUCUCACUGAAACUAAAGGAUCAUUCCAAGAUAAAUUGUCGUCAAUAUUGAGAACUAAUAGUGUUCCAGUAUUCGGUGCAACUGCUGCUCCACCUUCUAAAGCGAUAGAACGUGCAGCCACUGUUGACGGUUCAUCUUCCCGCAAGAAGGAUACAUCAGGGAAAAAGUUGACCCAUCCAAACAAGGGUAGAUCUAAGGGGCCCAAGAGAAGGUUGCCAGGAAGUGUCAAGAGUGGAACGAAUAGUGCUGAUUCAACAAAGUCCACACUUAGUACCACAAAAAUUGACACCCCAAACACACCUAGCCAGGCUCAAUCACCAUCUAAUUCUUCACCUACUACUUCCUCAACUACACCUAUUUCAGACUACAAAAAGAAACCACCUAUCAAUAGAGCAGCCAAAAAGAAUGCUUUAGAGAAUCUUAAACCAAGUCGGAAAAUUAGUGGGGAAGUUUUCAUUUAA